AUGACCGACCAUGAGAGUCGAGCCAAGAAGUCAACCACCUCUGAUCCACUCUCAGAAUCCGACGGGCUUGAGGAAAGGGCCAGACUUCUUCAUCCGUCCGACGACAGUUAUGACGAGUUUUACAAAUUUGCCAAGGAGACGAACGAUGACCUCGCCGCUAAGUUUCUGGACAUGCUUGAGGAACUUUUCAACACUCUGAACUUAUCGCCAGAUGACUACCGCCGUCGACUGCUGAUCGACUUCGCUGUCGGCAAAUGGCCCGCCCCAUGGGAAUACAUCAUUGCAACGUUUCAUGUCGGGGGUAACGUCGAAGGAAGAAGAGCUCAGCGAGUUUUCUUUCAUCUGACGAAAGAAAAUUCGCUGAGCUCUUCUUCCUUCGACGUUACCCCGAUUUCUUCCAUGAAGAGCAAAUAG